UCUCUCCCAUAGCUUAACUAGUAAGUCAAACUUCUUUUCUAUUGGAGUUCAGUCUUGGAUGAAAACUCGUUCCUAGUUGUGUCAAAUUUCUCUUCAUAGCGAAAUCAUUAUUAUUCAUAAGCAGUGAAGAUGUCAUUGAUGCCAGUGUUUUUUCUAGCCCUGCUUCUUGCCCUGGGAGCGGCUAAUUUUGCAGAUAUUGUUAAAUCUUGUACAAAAUACAAAAAGGACAUAUUUGAGAAGCAAGUGGCCUACAGCUUUCUAUUUCCGGGUGCACCAAUUGAAUAUAAGACACUAGACAAUUGCCACAGUUAUACGCCGCUCAUCGUGGGCGGCACUCCCGCUGAACCCAAGGAGUUUCCUCAUGCGGCACGAUUGGGAAUUCGAGCAACCACAUCUCGUAAUCACAUCAAUUGGUUCUGUGGCGGAACAUUGAUUCACGAACGAUUCGUGCUAACAGCUGCACAUUGCCUAGAAGCGGAGCAGGGCGAAGUGAAUAUAGUUCGAUUGGGCGAAUUGGAUUUUGAUACAGAUUCGGAUGAUGCUGCACCAAAGGACUAUGAAGUUGCCGAUUAUACAGUUCAUCCAAAUUUUACAGACCCAGAGCUAUACAAUGAUAUUGGGCUUGUCAAACUCGCUGAGCCUGUUAAGUUCGAUGUGUAUAAGCAUCCUGCUUGCUUACCAUUUUCCGAUGGUCGUAACGAUGCCACCUACAUAGCUGUAGGCUGGGGCAGCACCAGCGAUGCAAUGAAACCAUCACCAAAGCUUCUGAAGGUCCAGCUCGAUCGCUAUGCAGAUAGGGCAAGUAAAAUUAGAGCCAUUCUUAAUCCCAUAUUACAGUUUUAG